UUUUUGAAGGAAAGGAGAUACAGACAUUUUUUAAAAUAAGAUGAAACGUUAAUCUUGUUAAAUACUCAUCUGUGUUUUACUCAAAUUAACAUCAUUACCUCUGAUUGACUCAAGCAACUUAAAAAAGUAUUUCUAUGCAAAUGAAUGACUCAAAAACAAUGAGGUGUCUUUGUCAUGAACUGAAAGACACUAAACAUACUGGCGCUUAACACCACAAGACAGCACACAUAUUUCCUCAUCCACCUUUCUUCUCACUCCAGUUCUACCCAGAGUCUUCCAGUGCAGCCAGUAUCUCAUUUUCUCUCACUGUUAGCAGUGCUUCCUCUCCAGCAUGGUUCAGAAGGUGGCAGUGAUCGGUGCAGGGCCGUCCGGUCUGACCAGCAUCAAGGCCUGUUUGGAUGAAGGUCUGGAGACCACCUGCUUUGAGAGCAGCCAUGAUAUCGGUGGUCUGUGGAGAUUUAAGGAGCUGUCAGAGCCUGGACGAGCCAACAUCUAUCAGUCGGUGAUCAUCAACAGCUCCAAAGAGAUGAUGUCUUUCAGUGACUUCCCUCCUCCAGCUGAGCUCCCCAACAACAUGCACCACUCUGAGGUGCUGCUUUACCUGCGACUUUAUGCUCAGGCAUUCAAACUGCUGCAGCACAUUCACUUCCAGACUACCGUGGUCGGUGUGAGGCAGAGUCCAGACUUUGCUGUGACAGGCCAGUGGGAGGUGGAGACACAGAGGAGAGACAGUCAGAGGGAGACUCAUGUUUUUGAUGCAGUGAUAGUUUGCACAGGACACUACACCCAGCCUCACCUGCCGCUCAAAGACUUCCCAGGUAUAGAGAGCUAUGGAGGCAGGUAUUUCCACAGUUGGGAAUACCGCAAUGCUGAGGGUCUGCAGGGGAAAAGAGUGGUGGUGAUUGGGAUUGGGAACUCUGGGGGUGAUAUUGCUGUGGAUAUCAGUCGAGUGGCUGAGAAGGUUUACCUCAGCACCAGGAGUGGAGCAUGGGUGGUCGGCCGUGUAGGACCGGGGGGGCUCCCAACUGACCUUGUUGGGACUUCUCGAGUGGAUGUGAUGAUAAAGAAGCUCUUCCCCUCAUGGAUCAACAGCAUGUUGGAGAAGAAGCUGAACCAAGCAUUUGACCACAGACUAUAUGGCCUGAAACCAAAACAUGGUUUUUUUGCACAGAUCCCUGUUGUGAAUGACGACCUGCCCGCUCGGAUCAUCUCAGGUCGUGUUCAGGUGAAACCAAAUGUGAAGGAAUUCUGUGGUUCCAGUGUGGUCUUUGUUGACGGGAGCAUUAUAGACAAGGUGGAUGUAGUGGUGUUUGCCACAGGGUACAACUACAGCUUCCCCUUCCUGCCCUCAGCUCUGCAGGCUAAAUGUGAUUACAGGCUGCAUCUCUACAAGCAUGUGUUCCCUCCUGGACUGACCCAACCUACGCUGGCAGUGGUGGGCUUCAUCCACGGUCUCGGAGCCAUCAACCCUCUGGCUGAGAUGCAGGCUCGCUGGGCUACAAGGGUUUUUAAAGGCUUAACGACCCUCCCCUCAGAGGAGACCAUGAGGAAGGAAAUUGAGAAAGAUACAGCAACAAUGCAUCAGAGAUUUGCCUGCUCAGAGCGUAACCCCCUCCAGGUAGACUACAUCCCGUACCUGGACUCUUUAGCAGAGCAGGUGGGGGUUCGACCAAACGUACUGUGGCUCUUGCUGAGGGACCCCAGACUGGCACUGCAGGUUUUGCUGGGUCCAUGCACUCCAUAUCAAUACCGUCUGACUGGACCGGGUCAGUGGGCUGGAGCCCGUCAGGCCAUUCUCACUCAGUGGGAGAGGGUGGUUCAGCCUUUCAGGACUAGAGUGGAACCAGAACCAGAGACCAGACCCUCUUCAAAGCUGAGCAUCAUCAUGGGUUUCUCAGGUGCUGCUCUGCUGUGUUGCUUCUUGUACAGUAAACAGCAGCUGAAAAUCUGUUGACUUCUCAUGUGGUCUACAGAACUGUAAGAUGUUAGAUCGUUUUACAUUGAAACCAGCAGAUGGAGACAAAGCAAGAUCUGCCUAUUUGUAAAAUUGUCCAAAAGUUAUAACCAGUGAUUUUUAUUAAUGAUUGAUAAAUUAUUAAUGUUUUAUAAACUAAUAAGCAAGUAAUAAAUACACCUUUUUGGUUGCUGAGUUGUGAAAAAUACAUUUUAGUUUAUGUCCUCUUCUACCAUAACUUGCUCAUUUUUAAUCUAGCUUUUUUUUUUUUCUUUUUUUUUUUCUUUUUUUGGGGAGAUACAGUCUUCACUCCAAGGACUUAUUCCCUAAUAACCCUACUGCUCUGGUAAAUACUUUUUACCAGAGCACAAUCUGUUCUCCACAUGUAAACCAAAGGGCAUCCCCACUAACAAAAGUAGUCAAAGAAAAAGAUUAAAACCUAAAGGACUUGUAGAUCUUUUACUAAUACAGAUACUAGCACUACACAAAAACUCUAUUAACAUGAUGUUUUCUUAAGCUGUUAUUGAGGUUGUUGACCUCAGUAACUGACGCCAGCAAAAAAUGUAUAUUUAAGAAUCCUAUAAAGUUGAGACUUUGUUCUGUGAAAUCUCCGUUUUGGAACAAUUACAGAUCCAGCAUCCAAUAAAGUAUUUCAGCCAGAAUA